AUGUGUUAUGUAGGUAAAGCAACGAAGAUCUUCAUCUUCUUCAUUGCCGUAAUAGUUGUCUCUGGUCUCGUCAUCGGAUUCGGCAUCGUGGGCCACAAUACCCAUCCCAAAUCUCAUAAAUGCUCCGGCGAGUCUUGCUCGCUGUCGGAGUACUCUCCUCCGCCACCGUUACAACUUCCUUUCCCUUCCUUACCUAAUCCUAGUACAUCCAAUCCAUCCGAUCCUACCGUUAAUUCCAACGCAUCACCUCCACCGCCACCACCGGAAACCUCUCUGCAACCACCAUCGCCACCGGAAACCUCUCUGCCACCACCAUCUCCACCGGAAACCUCUCUGCCACCACCAUCGCCACCGGAUACCUCUCUAUCACAACCGCCAUCUGCUGCGGUUAGUAAUCCAUCGCCACAGCUUCCUCCACCAGUUUCUGUAGUUACUCCUCCUGCUGCAGUUACGGCUGCGCCUCCGCAGGCAUUUAGUCCACCGAGUCCAGUUCAGGUGUCUCCAGGUCCAAUGAAUUCGUCUUAA